AUGCGGGAAGGGCGCUUGAAUCUGGUUACCGUCUCCCCCACGGAGACCUUCUGGAGAAAGAUGAGCCCUAAAGGCAAUGGGUUGGGGACAGGGGACGGUCCGCACUCAUGCGUUUUACAGGAUCAGGUCUCCACAGGAGACAGACUCCAUGAAUGUGACUCCCGGGGACCAAGUAAAGACACUUUGGUUGGCGAAGGGAAGACUUACAAAUGCAAGGAAUGUGGGAAAGUGUUUAACAAGAUCAGCCUCCUUGUUCGACGUCAGCAGAUUGACACUGGAGUGAAGCCCUAUGAAUGCCAAGAGUGUGGAAAAGCCUUUCGUGAAAAGGCCGACUUCAUUCGACACAUGAGGAUUCACACAGGCGAGAAGCCCUAUAAGUGCACGGGGUGUGGGACGAUCUUUAACAGCAGGUCGCACCUCCUGUGCCACCACCGGAUUCACACUGGAGAGAAGCCCUAUGCAGUGACGAGGAGUCACACUGGAGAGAAACCCUAUGAGUGCCUUGAAUGUAGAAAGGCCUUUGGCUACCACUCUGCUUUUGUCCGACAUAGUAAGAUCCACUCUGGAGGGAAAAAACCCUUGAGUGCAAAUGAUGUAGGAAUGCCUUUUUGUGGGUUUUUUCCUUUUUCCUUUGACAGGUAAGGAGCCACACCGACGAGAAGCACUCUGAAUUCAGUGACAGAAGGAAAGCUGUGACCUGCAGCUCAUCCUCAUUUGGCAUUGAAGAAUUCAUUCCAGAGAUAAACUCUAUGAGAUAUGUGCCAAGGCCUUGUGCAAGUGGGCCCACAUCAGUCAAAGUCAGAGAACUUAAACUGGGAAAAGACAUUUUGACAAAAACCAGUGAAGAAAAUCUUUUGGCCACAGGGAAUAUCUUAUUCAGCAUCUCAGAAUUCUUUCAGGAGGGAGACCUAUUGGUUAUUGUGCACUUAAAAGAACUACCCACACCUGUCUCCAUAGUUUAUAUCACUAAGCCAUCUCAGGAUUUUUUUUUUUUUUUUUUUUUUUUUUUUUUUUUUAAGUAAGAAGGGAGCUGUAAAUGAGAAAAAAAGAAAUUCUUGCAUGGCUUCUGUCAGACUUCUCUGAAAGCCACGUCUAUCAAAAUUCGAAUUCAGUCUUCAUUUUGUGGACUACUGAAAGGUAAAAGGGUCUUGCCUUGUUAUUUGUCCUUUAUAUAUAUUCACUCCUGUCUGCAGAGGUGUAGACAGGAGACUACACCCUUUGUCCUCCCUCUGUCAAGAUUGACUCUGUAAAGAUUUAUUGAAUGUAUUUUUUGUUCUAAAACAUUGUACUCCUGAGGAAUGUCUUUGUGAGAACUAUGAAAGCUUAAGUAAUGGAAUAUGUAAAACUUGCAAGAACUUAGAAUAUAAAAAUAUUGCCGUAUAAAAUCAUUUCAUAUCUAAGAAGAUAAGCAUCCACAUGUGAAUGGACAUAUUUUGCUGCAUCGUUUAAGACUACUUAAGGCUUUAAUUAAAAAAAAUGCAUAUAUUCGUGUGGUUUUGAAUACCCAGCACUUGAUAUACUUGUUUUGAUUCAUUUUCUCAAGAGAAUGAUGGUGAAGCUGUGUUGCUUUCCCAGGUGAGCCUUGAUUAUUUCCUCUGUGCUUUCCCAGCUUCUUUGGCCUUGUGUAGAGGGGCUUCUCCAAGAGCAUGGCACUAGUUUUCUGGAGGUUAAACAAGAGCUAAGACAAACAAAACAAAACACAGCUUAUCUAAUCUAAUGAGAAACUCAGAAAAAAAAUGUUCUGAUGAACACAGUGUAUUAGAAUAUAAAAUAUGUAGAUCCUUUGACACGUUAAUUCAAUUUCUAGAAAUCUUCAGAAAUGUUCUUAUAUUAUGCAGGGAUAUGCAUGCAAAGAAUAAUGGCUGAAGUUUUUUUAUGUGUGAAACAUUAAGAAUAAUCUAAAUGUUUAUCAGUAGGAAGGAAGUUAUGGUACAUCUGUUCUAUGAAAUACUGUGAAACAAUAAGGUAUCUCUGUAUGUACUGAUAUCAAAACAUCUCUAAGAUACAGUAUUCAGUAAAAGACAAGUUUUCAGGAAAUAAAACUGCAUCUAGAAGUAUAAGCCUAAAACUGUUAAUCGUGGUUUUCUGCAGGAAAUAGGAUGGAACAGGGUUAUAUGGAAUGUUUAGUUUUUACUUUUAUACUUAAGUAUUGUUUGCAUUUUAAAAAUUAAAAGCAGUGAUUAUUUUUGCAAUAAAUGUUUAAAAUAUUUUAAUAAAGAUAGCAUGUUGGA